ACUGGGAAGUCAGUGCCGCCUCCAGCCCUGCCGUCCACCCGCGGUCCAAAGCAGGGCUACCGCCAUCUCUGCGUUCACCAUGAGUCCCAGGGCGCCAGGGCCGCUGUGGCCACUGCCCUGGGGGGCCCUGGCUUGGGCCCUGGGCUUCGUGGGCUCCAUGGGCUCGGGGGAACCCGCGCCCGGUGGUGUUUGUUGGCUCCAGCAGGGGCGCGAGGCCACCUGCAGCCUGGUGCUGAAGACCGAAGUGAGCCAGGCCGAGUGUUGUGCCUCCGGCAACAUCGAUACCGCGUGGUCCAACUUCACCCACCCGGGGAACAAGAUUAGCCUCCUGGGCUUCUUGGGCCUCGUCCACUGCCUCCCCUGCAAAGAUUCGUGCGACGGCGUGAAGUGCGGCCCCGGCAAGGCGUGCCGCAUGGUGGGGGGCCGCCCCCGCUGCGAGUGCGCGCCCGACUGCUCGGGGCUCCCGGCGAGCCUGCAGGUCUGCGGCUCCGACGGCGCCACCUACCGGGACGAGUGCGAGCUGCGCGCGGCGCGCUGCCGCGGACACCCGGACCUGCGCGUCAUGUACCGGGGCCGCUGCCGCAAGUCGUGCGCGCACGUGGUGUGCCUGCGGCCGCAGUCGUGCGUGGUGGACCAGACCGGCAGCGCGCACUGCGUGGUGUGUCGCGCGGCGCCCUGCCCCGUGCCCUCCAGCCCCGGCCAGGAGCUCUGCGGCAACAACAACGUCACCUACGCGUCCUCGUGCCACCUGCGCCAGGCCACCUGCUUCCUGGGCCGGUCCAUCGGCGUGCGCCACCCAGGCAGCUGCGCAGGCACCCCGGAACCGUUAGUGCCAGAGUCGGAGGAGGAGGAGGAGAACUUCGUGUGAUCUGGCGUGGCCGGCCUGGACCUGGCGUUCCAGGCCUCCCCGUUUUAUUUAUUGCCUCAGCAGAGCCUAAUUUAUGUCCCACAGACACUCCUCAGAGCUUGGCCCCUCUAGUGCCUCGUGGAGAUCUAUUAGAGGGGGAGAAGGAGGCCUGAGAGCAGAGCUGGUGGGAGGGACCCCCAGACACCCUACUAUCCCAGGAGGACCCGGGCUUCUGCUCCCUCAGGGAUAACUCUUACUUGUCCUGUCAGCCAGAGGGCUGGGGUUCCCUCCCAGCAAGUGAUGAAGAGGUCAUCUGGAGCAGGAACCUUGGGUCAGGGUGUAUCUAGAUGAGCCUCGGAACAUAACCAAGACCCCAAGGAAGCAACCACUUCCCCCUACCAGCCCAGGAACUCUGGGGGUUUUCUGUUCCUCUUUCUCUGAUAAGAACUGGCCCCUGAGAACCAACUUGUCCCUCCAAUGAGGGAGUUGCUAUCUGUACCUUCUAAUACAGGACUCAGAAGUGCGGUGCCAGUAUCUGCCCAGAAUAAGCACUAUGUCCAGGGGUGCCCUGUCUGGGACAGGAACAGCCCUGAUUCAAAGACAGGACUCGAGGACACUGGGCCCCUUUAUCCCAUGACAAGUCCACUUCGGGUGGGACCAUGUGGGACCCAUCAGCCCCAGCUCACCCAGUGGCCUGGGAUGGAGUGUUGAUGCCAAGGCCCACUGCAUACCAGGCAUUAGGGAGCCGCGUGUAUGAGUGGCACUGCAAAUGCCUGCUGCUCUGUCCAUAGGUGAGUUCCAGACACAGGACCCCUAGGUCCCGUGAAGCUUGUCCUGCACCCCGCUUUCAGCUGGACCCUCCUCUCCCACCAGCCAGGCUCAGGGGGCCUCCACAUCAGCCAUGUUGGCCUUGGCUGGGGUCCCUCCACUGGUUAGAUUGUCACCUAACCUUGCCUCCAUGUAGGCCAGGGACUGAGACCAAAUUUGGGUGGCCUCAUGGGGAAGGAACCAAGCUCCCUGAGUUUGGGGUGAGGGGUUCAGGGGUACAAUUACGCUCAUCCUCCCCCAGCUCCAGAAAGUGCCUUACCGUGAUGCUCUGAAAAGUGCCCUUGAGUAGGUGGGUUCUCUCAAACCUCCCAACAGGUCAACCUCCCCUACCCUGGGGUCCUGCCUCACCAAAGAAAUAAAGACUGUAAAUGCCACUGUGUGGUAUCCAGGCCCGUUUCCCCCUUUCUGUGAGCUCAAGGGGAGGGGCAGGGUCAUCUGGCCUGUAUCUGGGCCCUUUGGUAGGGGGUCAUUAGCCUGGGUCCUGGGGUGCUGUUAGGGAGGUGAAGGGGGGACACUCUGGAAGCACCCAGGUUAGACCCAAGGUAUAUGUCCUCAGGGCAACCACUCACUGUGCCUCCGUGUCCAUUUCUGGGCAGGGGGCAGCAGCCAAGGAGAGGGCUGGGGCAGCUGGGAAAAUACCUUUAUGGGAUCACAAUGACUUAGGGCAGCUCCAGGAGGCCCUUGGCUUAGGGUCCAGAAACAAGGGCCUGGUGUGGAAGGGUUUAGGGUGCAAUGGUGGUAAUACGGCCAAUAAUAGCCGGGCAACAGCAAGCACACCAUCCCUUUGUAUGCGCCGGCCGCGUUUGUCCUCUGCACUUUUCAGAGGAUAAGGCUAGGCUUCAUGGGGAUCCAGGCCAGUGUGAGAUUCCAUACUGGUGAUGGAGACCCUACCCUCUCCUGGCCUCAGUUUCCCCAACUACACUUGAAUGUGGUUAGCGGGUAGGUGAGGAACAGCACUGCAGGUGCAACAGCUGGGAGGCUGUGCUGGAUGUGGGGUGUCAGGUGGGGGUAGGUAAGUCUUGGUGGUGAAUGGGAGG